AUGAAUGAAGAAUUAAAAAAGCUAAAAUCACAUAAGGAUGCGACUUUUCAAUUGGAUGCAAAAGAAGCAGUCAGCUCUGCUUGUGAACCAGAAAACAAAUCAACCUGUGAAACCACUGUGGAAACGAAUGAUAUUGAAAGCGAUAUUGAAGGAGAACCAAAAUAUGGUACAGUGGACAAUUCGCAACAAUUGAUGGAUCAAUUGAAUAAGCUCAAAAUAAUGCUGGAACAGGACUCGGCUAAAGUUUCUUCGUCGAAUACGAGCUCGGGAGGAUCGUCGUCGGUGAGUUUGGCACCCAAAUGGAUUUAUGGUACAACAUUGCCUCCUUUGAACGCUUCAAGAAAUAAUUAUUCGUCGGCUUCGGGCUUGUGUCUAAGCGAGCGAGGUCAAGUGGCUGUAGCGCAGCCCGAGCUUAUUCAGAACUUCUUAUUUCCAACCACAACUUUGUUGCAACAAAAGGUUGUGAAAUACAGGGAAAGUAUUGGAAAUAUAUUAUCGGCGGAUAUAAUUAGUAAAAAAAGUGCUUUUAAGAAUCCCUUGCUUGUUAUUACAGGACCAAGUUUCAUUACCGAUGCUAAUCAAGCUAAGGCAUGUGCACAAUGGGUGGGAAGCAUGAAUGGAAAAAAAUUUCAUGAUUUGCCUAAUGGGAUAUUGCCCGAUAGUAUAUUAGGUUUGUACCACAGGUCCAAUAGACUAGAACUUAAGAAUAUAUUGUUGUCUUUGAGAACAAAUUUAACAAAGUACAACCAUGGUUACAAUGAUCCAUCGUUUUUGAGAGGCUUCAACUCAAUCAUGACAUACGAGAUUGAACAAGGAAUUCCAAUAUGUAGGGCGUUACUUUGCGAGUUAGCAGAAAUUUGUCCCAUAGUUGGUGAGACUUCAGACACAAUUACACCUCAGUACUUCUCUGAUCUAUUUUGUUUAGGUAUUGUCAGUAGUAAAUUGAGAGAAUCACAAUUACACCGAGAAUUAGUAUCAGGUGUUUCUUACGCUGUCGGUUUCCACACCCUGGAUGAUACACUGUGCUUUGAUAAAGAAUUUUAUACCCAUAAUAUCACCUCGGCUUUGGAAGCAAUGUAUGCUUCUUCUAAUCCCCAUCAAUUUUUAUCCGUCACUAAAAUCGGAACAGUUGCAGUUGUCGGGACUAUUGGUAACGACGAGACAUUUAUUAUACUACUGAUAAAUCUUGAAUUAGACUACUAUGAAAUCGAACAUAUUAUUGACCAGGUGUAUGAUUAUUCUAAGUUAAAUAUAAAAAGACCAAAAAUUAUGUUAGAUGUUGGAAAAAUAUCCAAUGAAGAAUAUGAAUUAAAAUUAGACCUAUUAAGACAACUUCUCGUUCUGAAUACCGAUUUAAAAUACAAAAUUAUCGGCGUGAUUAUAGAUAGUGGUAACAACUAUAUUUCGCAUCGUUAUACAAUUGAUUUAAAUAAGCCAUUUGGUGUAAAUGAAGACUUUGAAAACCAAGAUUAUAUUACUGACGAUGAUAUCGAAAGGAAUAAAAACGAUAACGAUAAGUCUGAAAACAGUAUGAACCAUCAAAUGUUAAUUGGCUUGAAUAAUUAUUUUGUCAAAAAUAGGAUAUACGGUAAAAUGUCUCCUUCACGCCAAUCCCAACAAAGACCAAGUUCUGAGCUUGACUUUGACUCUUCGUUGAUACACUUGGAUAAGUAUUAUGAAUAUUUUGUUAAUGCAGAUAAGUUCAUCCAGGAACUAGAUGACAUGAGUAGCCUUCGAAUCAACUCUCAAUGA